AUAUCUCAAAGCAACAUGUGGCUUACAAAAUCAUCACCUUAUCUAAGAAGCUUGUGGUCUUCACUUUGCUCAAAAUCCCUCUAAAAUUCACUCCUUUCCACACAGACAUUCCAACAAUGGCUUCCUCAACUACGCUCUCUCCCGCCAUUGCCCCUUCUCAGCUCUGCUCCGGCAAGAAUGGGAUGAACCGAUGCUUUAAUGUGGCGGUGGCGAAGGUCGGGAAGGGGAAGGGGUUGAAGGUUCGGUGCAUGGCGACGAGCGUGCCGGCCGAUCGCGUGCCCGACAUGGGCAAGAGAGAGCUCAUGAAUCUGCUGCUUCUCGGCGCCAUUUCCCUUCCUGCUACCGGGAUGUUGUUGCCCUACACUUACUUCUUUGUUCCGCCUGGUUCCGGAGGGGGUGGUGGUGGCACUCCCGCCAAGGACGCAUUGGGGAACGACGUUGUUGCAGAGGAAUGGCUCAAAACGCACGGGCCAGGCGAUCGGACCCUCACACAGGGAUUGAGGGGUGAUCCCACCUACCUCGUUGUGGAGAACGACAGAACACUUGCAACGUAUGGUAUCAAUGCUGUCUGCACCCACCUUGGCUGUGUCGUGCCAUGGAACAAAGCUGAGAACAAGUUCAUGUGCCCGUGCCACGGAUCACAAUACAAUAACCAAGGAAAAGUUGUUAGAGGACCUGCUCCCUUGUCUUUGGCUUUGGCUCAUGCAGACCUUGAUGAUGGAAAGGUGGUGUUUGUUCCAUGGAUGGAGACUGAUUUUAGAACUGGAGAGAAUCCAUGGUGGUCUUAGAUCUCUCUAGAACAUUCCCUUUUCAAGAAAAAAACUUGAUGUCACCAUGUAUUUUUUAUGCAUACUAUAAUUUGUGUAAAUCAUAAUUUUCAAUUUAAUUCAUGCAAUAGAUUGCAUACCUCA